AGGGGCUAGAAGGUAUCGUAGGAGUUAAUUACAGCGGAGUUGAGAUAAGUAAGCUUGUAAGCUUUCGGUGACAAGUUGAGUCUGGGCAGCAUGGGGUGUAUCUCGUGUGAUCAUGUAACUGCGUGUGGUCUUGGCCAUCUUCUGCUGAAAGUUUUUUUUUAUUUAUUAAACUUAUCGAGGAUGUUGUCGUUUAAAUUUUCUAUUACUUUUCCCUAAGUGGUAAUACUUUAUUUUCAACUGGGUACCCAUGUUUUGAAAAGUGUUAUUUUUUUUAAUAAAGGCAACAUUAGUAUCUUAACGCCAGUUUAUUUAUGGCAUCUUAUUUUACGUAAGUAAGGGCGUUACAAAUGGUAUCAGAGCCUUGACCCGGCCGGAAGUGUGGUCGACGAGUACGUCGGACCCCGUAAGGGGGGGUGAUUGUGACAGUUAGUAGUCCCGUGAUCCAUAAGGGGAAACACCGGGUAAGCUGUGCAAUCCCACACCGCCUGGGGAAGGUCAAGUGGGAUGAUUCUGAGAAUGUGUAGGUAUGGGACUACACAGUUGAAGAGGGCUUAAAUGGAUUGAUUGGUACUACCUAUAUCAACAAGGUGCUUCUUGUUUUUCGGUAGCCCAUCUCGAAAGAACUCCACAGUUAAGCGUGCUUGGCCUGGGGCAAUUUUAGGAUGGGUGACCUCCUGGGAAGUUUUCCUAGGAAGCGUACGAGUGAGGACAAAGCACGCUAGAAACACUCGUGUUGGUCGGUAGGGUCAGUCAUCAGUCCAUAAAGCAGCCAGAGUGGCGUACUCGUGUAUAAGAGCCAUUAGUCCGUGGGUGUAAGGACCCAAUGGAGGCUUGAAGCGGGGACGUUACAAAUGGUAUGAGAGCCACAGUUACAUUGAUCUUGAAUUCACGCGACAUACACACCAUCGCUGCAAAGGAUCAACUUGUCAUCAAGUAUGUAUGCUUUAUAUAUGUUAUGUCUUAUAUGUUAAAUUUGGUUUAGUCUUUAUCUUUUGAUUUUCCUUUAGUUAGCUAGAAGUUUAUGGUAUGGUUAAUUGAAACAAUUAACUGAUUCUUCGGAGUUAGAAUUUUAGUAUAACUCAAACAAUUUUCUUAUUAGUGUAAUUUUUUUUUAUGAGUAAAGAUUCUUUAUUUAUUUAUUUAUUUAUUUUACAUGGUGAAUUGUUGCUUGAUGAUUUACGUUUUUUUAAGUUUAUAUAAUUUAGUGUAUAGAUAUUUCCUUUUUGAGCGAGAUACAUCUUUGGUUAUUUUUCUUACCGCUACUAUCUCCUUUCUUUUGAAGAACAAGUUAAGGGAUUUGAUGGAAAACGGUGAACCCAGAAGAUCAACCCGGUUGAAUGAAAGAGCGGUUGUAAGAGACCGAGCUAGAGGUCGAGGGCGAGGAGGUGCUCACGGUCGAGGUCGCGGUCGAGGCAGGGGAAACCAGCAUGUCCCUGCCGAGGCGGUGAUCCAGGAGAAUCAAAAUGCCCCUGUAAAUGGACAACAAUCAGGUCAAGGUGGGGGCAACCACGAAGUCCCUGCUGGGGUAGUUGGUCAAGAACACCAAAACGCCCCUGUAGUGGUGCCACCACAACAAGAAGAUUUGGCGCAAGAAGUUUCUCGUCUCAGGGAAGAAAUUAGGAAGCGAGAUGAAGAGGCUCACAACCGUCAGGAACAACCCAAUCAAGGACAACAUCGAUUUUUGCCGGUGCAAUACAUGCCUGUGCCGGAGGGUCGAUGGGAACCAAUAUAUGAAAGGUUCCGCAAGCAACACCCACCAAAUUUUGAAGGGGGCUCAGAUCCAAUGGAAGCUGAGGAAUGGUUAAGAACAGUGGAAGGUAUUGUUGAGUACAUGCGGCUCGGUAACGGCGAUAGUGUAGUUUGUGCUGCUAGUUUAUUGAAAAAGGAUGCCCGCAUCUGGUGGGAUGUUAUUAAACAAACACGGGAUGUGGCCGCAAUGACCUGGUCUGACUUUGUACAAGUAUUUAACAACAAAUACUACAGUGAAGCAAUACGCUCAGCUAGAGUUAAUGAGUUCACGAACCUGAGGCAGGGUAAGUCUACAGUUACAGAGUAUGCUCACCAAUUUGACAGAUUAGCAAAGUUUGCCACAGAUCUGGUUCCUACUGAGUUUCUGAGGAUUCAUCGUUUUACUGAAGGGCUCGACUCCUGAAUAAGUCGGGACAUAGCGAUGUCAGGAGUAAGGGCAACCACGUAUGCUGAGGUACUGGAAAAAGCCCUAGAAGCUGAGUUGUGUGAAAUUCGUAUACAGAAGACAAUACAGCAAGGUGGGAGGCCAGAAAGGCUAGUAAUGGAGGUGGUGAUAACAAAAGGAAACUGCCAAGUAACCAACACAACGAAGCCGACAAGAGAAACAAGAUAGGGUCCAAUAACUACAAAGGGAAGAAGCCAUAUGUGGAGUACCCCCUAUGCCCAACAUGUGGUCGUAAGCAUCCAGGAGAAUGUCGACUGAAAGGCAAGACUUGUUACAAGUGUGGGCAACCAGGCCACUAUAAGAAGGACUGUCCACAAAAGGGUGAUCAACUCAAGGAUGACAAACUUGUCCCAGCUUGAGUAUUUGCACUAACCAGAGGGGAGGCUGAGACUAGUAACACUGUGGUUGCUGGUCAGAUUUCUAUCUCUGGAAAACUAUGUACUGUUUUAUUUGAUUCUGGAGCUACGCACUCAUUUAUUGCUUUAAAGAUAAUAGAUAAGUUAGAACUACCGUAUGUAAACUUUAGUUAUAAGUUCAUGACGGAG